GCUCGUGCACUCGAGUGGUUUUCUCGUCCGUUGCCGUCGUGCGGGGCUCCGGCCCGGUGUCCGACCAGCAGCAGCUGCCGAGAAACGUUUGAGAAAUGUGUCACCCGUGUGCGGAGGUGGCGAGAGACACCGGCUUUAAUAAAACAGAUAAACCAUCAUGAUUCCCAUCACAGAACUCCGGUACUUUGCUGACACCCAGCCAGCGUACCGUAUCCUGAAGCCAUGGUGGGACGUUUUCACCGACUACAUCUCAAUCGUCAUGCUGAUGAUUGCGGUGUUCGGUGGUACGCUGCAGGUCACACAGGACAAGAUGAUCUGCUUGCCUUGCAAGUGGGUGGUCAACAAGUCAUGUGAGACCGUGCCCAUCCCAAAUGUGAGCGCUGUCUAUGCACCGGAACCCAAAGGCAUUCAGUAUGACCUCGACCGUCAUCAAUAUAACUAUGUCGAUGCUGUCUGCUACGAGAACAAACUGCACUGGUUUGCCAAAUAUUUUCCAUAUCUGGUGCUACUCCACACCCUUAUCUUCCUGGCCUGCAGCAACUUCUGGUUCAAGUUCCCCCGCACAAGCUCGAAACUGGAGCACUUUGUCUCCAUCCUCCUCAAGUGCUUUGACUCCCCGUGGACAACAAGAGCUUUGUCUGAGACCGUGGUGGAAGAGAGCGACCCCAAGCCUCUGGGAAAAAUGAACGGUUCGAUGGACAAGAAGGCCUCAUUUGUGAGCGAGGAUGUUGAGGCCAGCGUGCCCAUGCUCCAACGAACAAAGUCCAGGAUUGAACAAGGAAUUGUAGAUCGCUCUGAAACUGGGGUUUUAGAUAAGAAGGAAGGGGAGCAGGCCAAGGCUCUUUUUGAGAAGGUGAAGAAGUUCAGGAUCCAUGUAGAGGAAGGCGAUAUAGUGUACCGUCUUUACAUACGUCAGACCAUCAUCAAAGUAAUCAAGUUUAUACUAAUAAUUAGCUACACAGCUUAUUAUGUACGCUACAUCAGGUUCAGUGUGGUGUGUUCGGUGAACAUUCAGAAACUAACAGGGUACAGCAUGUUCUAUUGUGCUCAUCCAUUAGCAACUCUUUUCAAGAUUCUGGCCUGUUUCUACAUCAGCUUGGUGGUGGUUUAUGGGCUUAUCUGCAUGUACACUCUUUGUUGGAUGCUCAGCCGCUCCCUCAAACGAUACUCCUUUGAAUCAAUCCGCGAGGAGAGCAGCUACAGCGAUAUCCCCGACUUGAAGAACGACUUUGCCUUCAUGCUACACAUGAUAGAUCAGUAUGACCCUCUUUACUCCAAACGCUUUGCUGUAUUUCUGUCAGAGGUGAGCGAGAACAAGCUGAGGCAGCUGAACCUGAACAAUGAGUGGACGUUGGAGAAGCUGCGGCAGCGCAUCACCAAGAACUCCCAGGAGAAGCUGGAGCUGCAUCUGUUCAUGCUCAGUGGGAUCCCAGACACAGUGUUUGAUCUGAUUGAGCUGGAGGUGCUCAAGCUGGAACUUAUCCCUGAUGUAACUAUCCCGCCAAUCAUCGCCCAGCUCUCCAACCUGAGGGAGAUGUGGCUGUAUCACACACCAGCUAAAAUUGAGGCUCCAGCUCUUGCUUUCCUGAGAGAGAACCUCAAGUCUCUUCACAUCAAGUUCACAGACAUCAAGGAGAUCCCACUGUGGAUCUACAGCCUGAAGAACCUCAGUGAGCUGCACCUAACCGGAAACCUGAGUGCUGAGAACAAUCGGUACAUUGUCAUCGACGGUCUUAGGGAGCUCAAAAGGCUCAAAGUGCUGCGUCUGAAAAGCAACUUGACCAAGCUGCCGCAGGUGGUGACGGAUGUGGGCGUGCACCUCCAGAAGCUCUCCAUCAAUAACGAAGGCACCAAGCUGAUGGUGCUCAACAGCCUGAAGAAAAUGGUCAACCUGACAGAGCUUGAGCUUGUUCGCUGCGAUCUUGAGCGCAUUCCACACUCCAUCUUUAGUUUGCACAACCUGCAGGAGAUUGACCUGAAGGACAACAAUCUGAAGACAAUAGAGGAGAUCAUCAGCUUCCAGCACCUGCACCGGCUCGUGUGCCUGAAGCUGUGGUACAACCAGAUCGCCUACAUCCCCAUUCAGAUCGGAACACUCACCAACAUGGAGAGGCUGUAUCUGAACAGGAACAAGAUAGAGAAAAUCCCCAGCCAGCUUUUCUUCUGUCGCAAGCUACGCUUCUUAGACCUGAGUCACAACAAUCUGACCAGCAUCCACGCUGAUGUAGGCUUCCUCCAGAACCUGCAGUACUUAGCUGUGACAGCAAACAGGAUCGAGACUUUGCCCCCAGAGCUGUUCAAGUGCAAGAAGCUGCGUACUCUGAAUCUGGGAAACAACUGCCUGCAGACGCUGCCGUCACGCUUCGGAGAACUCACCGGCUUGACCCAGCUGGAGCUGAGAGGGAACCGCCUUGAGUGUCUCCCAGUGGAGCUCGGUGAGUGUCGGCUGCUGAAGAGGAGCGGUCUGGUGGUGGAGGAGGACCUGUUCAAUACGCUGCCAUCAGAAGUCAAAGAGCAGCUCUGGAGGGCCGAUAAGGAGCAAGCUUGAGCCAAACCUCAGCAGAGAGCUGCAGAGCAGAGAUGGAUGAUUGGAGAAAUAAACGAGCAGUGAUUUUGUUUAUGAAGGCAGGCCAACCUCAAGGACGUUUGCAGCAGCAUUGGCCAUGCGGCCUCGGAAAAGUCAUGUCUUGUUUGGUUGGUGCUUGGGGCUUCCCUGGCAGGACCUGUAAAAGCACAGAUGUGGUGCAAAUUUCAAGACCUCCAAGAAUGUCUUUUUGGAAAUCACUAGUUUCAUGGUCGCCAAGGAAAUAUUUUAUAGCCAAGCUCGGUGAUGAAAUAGAGGUUCUGCAGCAAUGUGGAUUUUCUGUAAUAUCAUCCUGAAUAUAAAGCUGCAAGGGUGCAGACAGGUGAUGUUGAAUAUGCAUGCCACAGUAGGACCUUGCUAAAGCAAUUCUGUUUAUUACAGAGAACCAAAAAAACAGGACAAACUUUGCACGAUUCAGCCUUGCAGUGAGCUAAAUUUGCUCACUAUCACUUCUUUGCUGAUCAUGUGAUACCUGCACAAAUUCAACGUGCUCAAAGCAGCGUUUGCCUGACCUUUCUCUGGCCUUGAGACUCAAAAUUUUACUCCUGAAAUUUUUGCAGUUGCGGUGCAGUGUGGCUCAGAAUACUGGCAGAUGUUAGUAAAUAAAUGAUCGUGCGACUGACAGCCAAUUUGCUGAGGCAUGAAGAUUUGGUCCUGUUGUUUUCUCCAGGCACUCUGUACGCUCAACAUGCUUGGAGGCAUCUUUUUAUGUGAACAAAAAGACUCUGUGAUGAAGAUCAACAGAUCAUCCCACAGCUGAUCUCGCAGCGUAGGCCUUAACUCAGAGGACUGACAAAAUGACAUCAAAGAGAAGCUGUCAAAUAUUCAGCAGAAACUAAUUGGAACAAACUCUACAGUAGAAUGUCUAAAUACCCCACAGUUGUUGAUUUAUAACGUCAGCCUGUGAGGCAGGCGAUUGCUCGGCCUGUAGGGGAGCUGUGGUGGAGAAAUGCCACAUUCUUCUUGGACUCUUUAUUUCACUUCAUGUCACAUGACACAUCAUGUCUUAUUUAGAUAUGUGAAACAGGGUUUGCCUUAUUUUGCAUGACUGAACAUCACACACAUUACUGGUGUGUCUUAUUAAGCUACAACCCUGACUCCAAAGAAGUUAGGAAGUUGUGCAAAACAUAAUUAAAACAGAAUGUGAUAAUUUGAUAAUGCUUUUUGACAUGCACUCCACUGAAAACAAUACAAAUACAGAAUAUAUUUAAUGUUUCACCUUAUCUUCAUUGAUUUUUUUUAAUAUCUGCUUUUUCUGAAUUUGAUGCAGCAACAUGUUUCAAACAAGUUGAGACAAGAGCAACAAAAGACUGGGGAAGUUGUGGAACGCUCCAAAAACACCUGUUUGAACACAGGUAAACAGCUUCAUUAGUAACAGGGGAUAGUAUCAUAAUUGGGUACGAAAGGGGCAUCCUCAAGGCUCAGUCGUUCACAAGCGAGGAUGGAGCGAGGUUCACCACUUCGUGAGCACAUAAUUGUAUAGAGGAGAUUACUACGUGAGCUCAGGAACACUUCGUAACACGUUUGUCAGUAAACACAGUUUGUUUGCAAAUGAUUGCAGUCUGUUUUGAUUUAUGCUUGACAGAGCGUCUGAGCUUCUUGGGAAUAAGGGUUGUACGUGAGAUUGAUAGUGAUUGGCCUGUUGAAACAAGGUCAAUCAUUUAUUUUGACUUAAAGAUGUCUAAUUUGAUAGUUUUAAAUACUACCGCACAGUGGUAUCAUGGCUGUAUUGUGAUUGGUUCAACAUUGAAGCUAAUUCUUGAUGAAAAUCCAGUGAGUGAGUGAAUGCCACAUAGCCAUUGAUUCACUGCUUUGUUUAAUGAUUUAUUUUAAGCCUCUUAUGGAGCAUAUACCCUUAGUCAAAGAUCUUAAGUGACCUUUGCUCAAUUGAAGACUAAAAUAUGUUGCUUCACUGACAAGAUUGUAAUUACACAAGGUGUCACCCUGUGUUUGCUGUCCCUGUGUUAAAGCUACAGGGUCACAGACAUUCACUCCCUCUCACAGCUGAUUUCUUUGUCUUUAUUUGAUAGAAACAUAUGCAAGCUUGCACAGUGCUAAUCAUACAACAAUUAGAUGACCAACGAAUCAAGCAAGAAUCAAGGUACUUUUUUUAAUGCUCAGUUUGACUUUGAAUUAUGAGAUGAUUGUUAUUUCUAUGGCGCCUCCAAGUGGAUGAACUCCUGCAGAUGUGACGCAGGAGAGUCUUAACCAGCUGCAGGGUACUGCCAGUCACCAAAAGCAAAGUGCUUGUGGCGGUGGCUCAAGUGCACAGCUGUUUGUAUGCUAGCCCUUCUAUUUAUCAUGCUCUGUUUACUCCAGGGAAAACUGGACAUUUGUCAGCACUUUGUUUAUCCGAAAAGAGGACAAACAGGAAAUUACAGAGUGAAGGAAGCUGGUUUUGACCGACCUACACAAGGGAAACAUUUAUUCGCAGAGAGUAUGCCGAAUAUGUUAUUUCCACAUCCAUGGUCCAAAUUAGUGCAACAUGCUUGGUCUGCUUGAAACACUUUUCUUGUUAAGACCUUGGAUUUAAUAGCAUCAUUUGGAGUAACCCUGCUAUGUUUACUCCAGCCAGGUAUCUCGUUGCAAAUAUGGCCUUAUCUUUUACAAGCUUUAUGCCCCGUUAAUGAUCACAAACACCAUGUGCACCACUUGUUUUUUUCAUGUGUUUUAAGUUGAAAUGUUUAACGUCUUUUGUUUCAUACAUAUCAGUCAUAUGGUAUGUGGUCUUAUUGUUACCAGCUGUUACUUUUUGAUUAUAGCUUUUUAAAAGAUUUAAGGGAAGUUUCACUGUAAUAAUACAAUUGCACCUUUGUUCACAGUGAAUUUUGUUUUACUGGGGCCUUGGAGAAUCUAAAUGCCCUUCUAAGGGUCAUUACUAAAGUGCUUCAUAUGCAGUCCUGUUAUGAAAGAAGAGCCUCAGACAUGAAUGUGUUGACUCGCAACCAGUUUUAAAGUUAGAAGCAAAGGUGACAGCAAAAAGGAACAAAUGAGGAAGGCAGUAAUCAAUCUCAGCUUUUCCAGCGUAUGUAACAUUUGUAAAAAAAAGAUUGGUCUGAGCGGCACGUCCUCCUUGAUAUGUUAGCUCUGGUUUGAUUUUUGUGGUGCAGCUAGGAGCAAAAACAUGUUUUAUACGACAUUCUGCAGAUAGUGACCUGGAUGCGGAUGUCAAACACUGAAUGCAAAUAGGCAAGUAAAUCAAGCACUAGCACAUUCAGCUGCAAAAAUAUAUAUCCUGUAAUGCAGUAGCUGGCUGUAGAUAAAGGGACAAGUCAACAACUUAACGUCACUCCAAAGUAAAUUUGAUAUCGUAACACGGCUCAUGGUGGUGGUGCAGUGCAGCUGCCGGUGCUGCUGACACUAAAACUCUCCCUCCUGCAGUGCACCACACAGUGUCAAACCAGGACGUUCAGACAAAGCCUGUCAGUUACUGUGUCAGGUGUGUUUUGGCCUUAACCUGGUGGUCAUUGGUUGGAUUCGUCCAGUCGUUCUCAAACUUUUUCUGUCAUGCCCCCCACCCCAUGUAUUCUAUCAAUCUAUUAAUGAUAACUUGGGAAGCAACUAAGUUCUAGUCUGUUGUACUCUUAAAAGAUGAUGAGUGCCAUAAAAAUCUCUCUCAGGGCAACACUGGGAAGUAAUUCAUACCUUGGAUUUGCUAAAAUUGCUACAUAUUGAUCGAUUCAUAUAUCUAGCCUCUCUCUAUUCCAGCUUUAUUGUGGUCAGUCUGUGUCAGCACCAUGACACAUCUGUAGUCAGCUGAAUGUUUCUGGGUGUCACUUUUUCCUGCUAACUCUGGUUUUAUAUCCGCAAAUAUUUUGGCCAGGAAUGGCCUCAGUCGUUUUUUUUCUCCUGACCACCAGAGCCGUGACUGGGGCCUCGACAGUCACUUCCCUUUGAGUCACAAGAUGAGCACAUUUGACCUGCAGCCCCACUCGCUUUCCUGCAUGUCAGCGUCAGUGAAUGACCAAGAUGAGGUCAGUCCGCCAUUUGCGGCGCACCCGAAGGAAGUUUUUUUUGGUGACUAAUAACAUUCCCCUUGCGUACGUGAAAACUUGUAUGCUAGCACUUUAAUUAGCAUCACGUCAGAAGUGGCCCAUUCUCACCUAAAUAACCCCAAUCAAUGCAUUUACAAGCCUUUUUUUUUUCAUUCUGUGCAAAAGCGCCAAAAUUAUUUUGCUUUGAAUUGUGUGCCGUCGAACUAUCAAAAAAGGUCUUAUGUUUUUAUGUUAUGUACGCAUUAAUCAGCGUAGUUUGUGUAAGGGCAGCAUGAUUGACUGCAGAGUUUUCUCAUUUCUAUGGACAAAGCUCCCUCCCCUCCCAGAAAACAAGACAGGAGCUCACGACUGAACAGAAACAACUCAAUCUAGCAAACUGUAACAGAGGUGAACUCACCCUCCUGACCCUCCAGUGUGGGCAUUGAGUCUGACAGUGCACGUCGUUGUAAUAUUUCCGAGGUGUGUACAUUUUCAGACGGUCACGUACCAUUUCACAUGAACCCACAACUUGCAUUAUUAAAUAAAACUGCCAUGAUUGCAUCGACAUCUAAUAUCUACCUAUGUAUAAAUCUUUUUUUAGAUACAUGAUUGUAUUUACUGUGUAAGAUUAUUCACCUCUGUAUUCUGAUGCCUGUCGAUCAGGGAUAUCUGAAAACAGAUUGUUGGUUUCCUUCUUUUCGGGGCUUCACGUCCAUUUACUUCUUGCAGCAUGAGUUUGUUGAUGCUGAACUUGUGUGCAUUAUAGCCAUACGGAAAGCCAGCCCCCUGACAGAACAUCAACUGUAAACUGGAUGGACAGACUUGUUUCAGUCAGCACCGUCUGUAUCACACGUGUGAAGGCCUUUAUUAGUGAAUUGUUGCCAAGUGGACUGAACACUGACUUUUUAAGCGGGACGUCUGUAACAAUGGACAACUGAUCUUUGAUUUCCUAAUGUUCAGACCCUACUUUUGUACCAUUCUGACACAUGAUAAUAAACACUUAAC